CCUCCAGUCCUGGCUAAAGCGAGACCAUGCGAUCUCUCCGGAGAUUUGCUAAGGUGCCCCGGUUGAUCUUCUGGCCCAUUUUUGUGACAGUCUUUCUGUUCCUCAUUGUCUCUUUUAGCUCCUUCUUCGGCUUUGCAGAAAAAUGUCUUCUCAGGCCAGUCAUUUAUUUGCAAGAUACCAAAGAAAUGGUCAUCCGACAAAACAAGCUCCACACUGGGCCCGUUGAAGGGGAUUCCUCGAGCCAGCUAAAUGUGAUACUGGACACAGACAGAAAUAGGCUGGCGCAAGAUAUGGUUAAGAGAAUGGCAGCAGAUGAAGGAGAGUCCAUGGAGGAGCAAGCAGAGGAUAAGAAUGUAAUAGCAUCCAACAAGAUGCAAACCCAGGCUAAGAGUGCCUUACCAGCACCCAAGGGGAAGGAAGCCAAUGCAAAGACCAUAUACCAAGACCAAGCAAAACCAAAACCAAAACCAAAGAAGGCCCCUGUGUCAACUAAGCUCAGUGCUCUGAGACCCUCUACAAAAGGCAAGGUUCAUCCCAGCCUCCCGGUGUGGAAUGUGGCCGCUCCCACAAUGCAGAACGCCACGACUCAGGCUCCUUCAGUGACAGAAAAGAGAAAGCUGAGGAUUGCCGACUUCAAGUCCGAGCCUCAGUGGGAUUUUGAGGACCGCUAUCUCUUGGACAGUUCAUCCUCUCAGUCACGCUGCCCCGAUGCGGUGAGGGCCAAAGCCGCCAAGUCUGCCUGGCUGAGGGACCUUUUCCUGCCCAACAUCACGCUCUUCAUAGACAGGAGACACUUCAACCACAGCGAGUGGGAACGCCUGGAGCAUUUCAAACCACCGUUCGGCUUUAUGGAGCUGAAUUACUCAUUGGUGAAGGAGGUCAUAACGAUGCUGCCACCCAACCCCUACCAGCAAGUCCUCCUGGCCAACAACAGCAAGCAGAGGCCGACCUGCAUCAGCUGUGCCGUGGUGGGGAAUGGGGGGAUAUUAAACAACUCUGGAAUGGGCCAGGAGAUCGACUCCCAUGACUACGUGUUCCGGGUGAGUGGUGCCGUGAUCAAAGGUUACGAAAAAGACGUGGGAACAAAAACGUCCUUCUAUGGAUUCACAGCCUACUCCUUGGUGGCCUCUAUUGUGGUGCUGGGGAGCAAAUUCAGCAAGAUCCCAAUGGGAAAAGAGAUCAAGUACCUUCACUUCCUGGAGGGCGCGAGGGAUUUUGAGUGGCUGAAGGCUCUCCUGCUGAACAAGAAUGUCAGGAAGGGAUUUUUGGACCAGUACGGGCCCAGACCACGGGACAGAUUCAGUAAGGAUUUCAGUCUGGACAAUUAUCUGGUCAUUCACCCUGAUUUCCUCAGAUACAUGAAAAACAGGUUUCUAAGAUCCCAAAGUCUGGAUAAGUCCUACUGGGCAAUGUACAGACCCACCACAGGGGCCUUCUUACUGCUGACUGCCCUCCAUCUCUGUGACCGGGUGAGUGCCUAUGGCUUCAUCACAGAUGGCUACCAGAAGUACUCAGAUCACUAUUACGACAAGGAGCGGAAACGUCUGAUCUUCUACACCAAUCACGACUUCGAUCUGGAGCGAAGGGUGUGGAAAAAACUCCACGAUGCAAAUGUCAUGAAACUCUACCAGCGAUCCUGACCUGGGGCCGAAGGGACACUGGCUGGAGAGUUUGACCCUCUCUGGUAAAAGGGUCGUGUGGGAAAGAAACUUGAAAGGCAGGGGUGCGUCCUGACUUCAAGUCAUCUUCUACUUAUUUUCAUGAAGGUACGUUAAUUCUUUGGCACCAGAAAUCUUCUGUCUCAGGGCAUUGGUUCCAGGAAUAUGCACCCCAUGCACCUCAGCAACAGCGCAGGAAGGAAGAACUAAGCAAACAGCAUGGACCUCCCCAGCUCAGAGCACACAUGCAGCCAGUGCAGGGCUGAUCAUUACUCUAGGGGCUACAAAAGCCAUUGUAGGUUCUUUGGUUUGCAGUGCUGUCAUUGGGAGAGAGGAUUCCAAGCUGGAGGGAUCUUGAAUGAUUCCAUUUGGAAGCCUUUUGCUAGCAGUAGACAUGUCUGUGGAGGAUCUGAACUGGCAUUCAGCUGGGUUUCUUGGGAGAGGUGCAGCAGUCGUUGGGGACAGGGAGUCUGCUUGGACUGCUGUGGUGAGUCCCAAUUGCAUGGAGCACCAGGAGUCCAUUUAACACCCCCCGCUUGAGCCCACAGACUAACCGUUGCCCUGCUCCCCACUCCUCCGCUGCAGCUCAUGUGUCACCAUCCGUCCCCCCGUGUAAUUGGCGGUGAUUGUUUUGGGGAGGGAGGUUUGUGCCUGAGCUCAAUCCAAACCGAUCCAGCACUGAUUGUCCCACUCUGGUUUAGCUCCUUUUUGCCUGGGUGCAAUUAGAGACUGCGCCCAUUAAGAUGGGGCUAGUUUUUCUCCAGGCAGUUACCAAUAUGGUCUAAUGGUUAGUGCUCGGAAUUUGGCACCAGGACUCCGGGGUUCCAUUCCUGAUUCUGCCACUGACUUGCCAGAUGAUCUCGAGUAAGUCACAUAUUCUCUCUGUGCCUUGGUUUAUACUCAGUAAAAUGGGCAUAAAAAGGCUUUCUCUCUCAAGUGACUCAGGCUGUGUCAAUAACUGGCUUUUUGGUUUGCUGGCCGAAAAUUGUUUUGGUUCGACCUGAAACAAAAAUAUUUCUUUCAACAAACUGAAAAAAGUUUAAAAAAAAAAAUUUAGUUCAGGUUGAAAAAAUGUUCACAUCAACCCAGCAAUAAAUAUUUUGUUUCAUUUUUGAGCUUUAACCUUUCAAACAAAUGAAGUCAAAUUCUAAAUGAAACAUUUUGAACUGAAAAAAAUCUGUUUCUGGUUUUUUGGAUUUUCUUUUUGUUUGUUUUUUGCUAUUUUAGACCAAAACAAUCUGGUGAAUUUGACAUGAAUUUGCGAAAUGUUUCGGUUGACCUAAAUCUGCAGUUUUUAACGAAGAAAAGUUUCAGCCAAAAGAUUUUGCCCAGCUCUACUUACAAGGUUGACCUAGCAGAAUAGCUCUGGGAGCCCCUCUGGCAGAAGAAGCAAGAGUAUGAGGUCGUAUUAUUAGUAUAAUACUCUUAUCUCUAGACAUUUAGGCCACAUCUACAUUAGCACUUAUGUCAACAAAACUUUUGUUGCUCAGAGCUGUGAAAAAGGCACCCCCCGGUGAGCAACAUUGCUUUUGCUGGCAAAAGCACUCGUUUGCACAGCGCUAUGUUGGCAGGAGACACUCUUCUUCCGGCAUAGCUAUAGCCGGUCAUUGAUGCCGAUGAACACUGCGUGGGGUAAGAUGAUCUGUUAUUGCUGUCAGUUUCCCCCAUCUGAUUAAUCAUCCUCACUCCUUUGCGGCCCUGUCCUGUCCUAAGGGGCGGUUGAGGUGCUCAGCACCUUGUCAGACGCGCUCAGCAUCUCAUAGGAUCAGGCACUCGCAGCAGUUAGCACCUCCCAGAUAUUUCAAGGCCAACGAUUGUGGUAAUUCCUUGCACCACCGCUCAUCGCUGAGUGUCAUAUAGAGAUGGCAAAUCUGGGACCUGCUAGCACUAGACGGGGUUUGCUGCCGAACUACACAGCCGUGUUUUGGCUAGGGAGGCUUUUGCUCACUGCAACCUCAAGAGAAGCAUGUUUAUUUCACUCACACAUACACAUGCUCCAGCAAGCCCGUCCCACCCCCUUUAAUGCUCUGCAGAAACUGGGAUAGAGGGUGAGGGACAGGGAUGUGGAGACAUUCCUAUUAACAUGACUCAGACAUUUACAAAGGGCAGAAACCUUUCUCCCAAGUGGCAGCCAACUGCAAACCAAGGGCCUGGCCCGAAGAGCAGACGGGAGUCUUCCCACAGACCUCACUGGGCUUUGGGUCCGAACCCAAUUGUGAAUUCAGCCUGGGUGCAUGGGUGGAGUUUCUCUGGCUGCAAGUGACACGACUUCCCUUUGCCAGGCCGUUCUGCAAAGCCAUGGAAACGCCACCUGAGUUCUAAGGGGAGGAAUUUCAGAACUGUUUGGCAACACGAAUUGUAACCAUCAUCUGGCCAGCUCGGACCAGUGUUGUUUUAUUAUUUUUAUACAGGUGCUUU